CUUCGCUGAUACCUGACACCAGAACCAGGGAUUCUAGGACUGAAGCUGUUGUUGGACUCGACGGACCAAGGUAGAAAUUAAAGAGUAGCACAGGCGUCUGAAAGUUCUAACAGCGUUUCGAAAGGUUUUUGUUUUACGCAUACUUCAGCGAGAAUGCAGAAAGGGGACAUUCGCCGCUGGUUCGCGAAAAAGCCGUCAACUCAAUCAUCAGAUGCUGAUAAGUCGAAGAAGGAAGCGGAUGUCGUUCCUGCAACUUCGCCAUCCCCGUUAAUGUCCCCUUCAAGUUCUAUCUUGCGUAAAGGAUCUCACAAUCCGGCUCCUACAAAACCGAAAGAGUCUCCUAAGAAGCCAGUACCUGUAAGCGCUGCACAAAAGGCCCCAGCUGCUAAGGACGAGCCACGACGAGGGGUGAAGGCAGGCAAGGUCUCGUCAACGCCUGCCAAAAAGCCAAGAAAAAGGACCAUGGUUAUAGAUGAUGACGACGAUGAGGAAGAGGACAAUGAAGAUGAUGCGGAUUUCGUUGUUGGUAAAGAUUUGGACAAUGAUGAUGACGGAGAGGAUGAGGACGAAGCAGAUGAGGAGGAGGAAGACGAUGAGAAACCUGCUGGGAAGAGGAAGCGGGGGAAGGCCGGGCCUACCACGAAGAAGGCUACGCCGUCAACGGCUCAGCCUGCACCUGCUGCUGCAGCGGCUAAGGAUUCCGGUGGGCGAGGCAGGGGAGGUGGAGGUGGGGGUCGAGGUGGUGGUGAUGCUGGAGGGGGUCGAGGGGGUGGUGGAGGCCGAGGAAGAGGUUGGGGAGGCAGAGGUGGCUUUUUCGGUGACAGAGCAGCUCCCCCACACAAAGGAGAAAAAGAAGUACCAGAGGGACCCGAGAAUGCUUUGACUGGCAUCACUUUUGUUAUCAGUGGCACUCUGGAUAGCUUGGAGAGGGAGGAGGCCGAGGACUUGAUCAAGAGGCAUGGUGGCCGGAUCACAGGCUCUGUCAGUGGGAAAACCACCUACCUUCUAGCUGAUGAAGACAUUGGAGGCAGAAAGUCCACCAAGGCAAAAGAGCUCGGGGUCAAAUUUCUCACAGAGGACGGCCUCUUUGACCUCAUCCGUGCUGCUGCAAAGAAGCAGCCCCCUGCACCAGCGAAAUCACCCCCGGCUAAACAGCCACUCAGUGCAGAUAAGGGUCGUCCAGCUGAUGACAACAAGCCUGAUGCAGACCGACUCUCUAAGAAGCUCAAGGCGGAUGCACCAGUUAGUGCAGCAGCCCCAGCAAGCAAGGCGGGUGCUGGGCCAGCGAGGCCAGUGGUACCUUCUGCUGCAGGGAGAACGGGGCCAGUGGAGGUGGAGUCAUGGCCGCAGAAGUACGCUCCCAAGAGCACAGCAGAAAUCAUCGCCAACCAAGGCCUGGUGAAACAGCUGCAUGACUGGCUGGCGGGAUGGGAGGCGAGGCAUCUGGGGCAAGGAGGGGGCAAGAAGGGCAAGAAAGGGGGGAAGGGAGGGGCAGGCGGAGGGGGGGCAGGGGGGGACAUGAACAAGAAGGCAGUGCUGCUCAGUGGUGGGCCCGGCAUUGGCAAGACGACUACAGCUCGCCUUGUCUGUGCUGAGCUCGGCUUCUCACCUCUCGAGGUGAACGCGAGUGACUCCCGAGGCAAGUCGGACUCUAAGAUCCGCAAUGGCAUGGGCGGCACCACGUCUAACACCAUCAAGGAGAUGAUCUCCAACACCACUCUGCACUUCUCACCCGUCUCCACCACCAAGGGCAAGCAGCAGCAGACACAGCAGCAGGAGCGAGCAGCGCUGAUCAUGGAUGAGGUGGACGGCAUGUCGGGGGGGGACAGGGGGGGCGUGGCAGACCUGAUAGCGAGCAUCAAGGAGAGCCGCGUGCCCAUCAUCUGCAUCUGCAACGACCGCUACAGCCAGAAGCUCAAGAGCCUCACCAACCACUGCCUGGCCCUCAACUACAGGAAGCCCACCAGGCAGCAGAUGGCCAAGAGAUUGCGGCAGGUGGCGAAUGCUGAGAAGAUUCAGAUCGCCGAUAACGCCCUGGAGGAGCUGGCAGAGCGCACGAGCGGGGACAUGCGGCUGGCGCUGAACCAGCUGCAGUACAUGGCACUGAGCUGCCGCCAGCUGUCGUACCAGGAGGUGAAGGCGCGCAUGCAGGCCAACGCCAAGGACGAGGACAUCCGCCCCAUGGCCGCCGCUGACACGCUGAUGGGGUAUGGCGCACGCGGCAAGAAGAUGGACGUUCUCAUUGAUGCCGCGAUGUCAGACAUCGAUCUCAUGCCGCUCUUCAUCCAGGAGAACUACCUGAACCAUGUGCCUGGCAACGACCCCUCGUCGCCCCACCUGCUCUCUCGCCUCUCACAAGCGGCAGAUGCCAUCUCCAGUGGGGACCUGGUCAACGUGCAAGUGCGCAGAUACCAGCAGUGGCAGCACCUGCAGUUCGCUGCGGUCAUCUCCUGCAUCACACCGGGCUUGCUUGUCUCUGGACGGAGGGUCACUUUUCAAGAGGGCGAGCGGAACUUUGAUCGUUUCCCUGGCUGGUUGGGCAAGAACUCUUCUGUGGGCAAGAACUACCGCCUGCUGGAUGACCUGCACGUGCACCUCCUCUCCUCGCAUGUGCUCCCCAACCCAUCGAGGCAAGUUGUUCGCCUUGACUACAUGGAACCUCUGGUCUCCUCUCUCACACAGCCUCUGCACAAGCAUGCACAGGAUGGAGUGGAAACCGUGGUAGAGGAGAUGCUGGAGUAUGGCCUCACACUUGACGACCUUGACACGGCCGUGGAGCUCUCACACUUUAAGGGCCGGUCUGGUGCUAUGGAGGGUGUGGCAGCGCCAGUGAAGGCUCGUCUGACGCGGGAGUAUAAGAAGGAGCAGCAGGCGCACAAGGCCAAGUCUGCUGCCACCCUACCGCCUCUCCAGCUGCCAGGGGGCCGUGGGAAGGCAGGUGGUCGAGGCAAGGCAGCUAAGCCAGCUGGUGGAGCGGGCGUGGAGGCAUCUCUUUUGCAGGCUGACACUGAUCUUCCUGUGGCUGUUGAUGAAGACGGAACAGCUCAAGAGGACGAUGGUGACGAUGCAGCCAUUGAGGACAAUGCAAGCAGUGACCAAGAUGAGGAUGAUGAAGCUGUGCGCUUGCGACUUGUAGGGAAAUCUGCCGACAACUCAAGCAAGACAAUUGCGAAGGGUGGAAAAGGCCGAGGAAACAGGGGAAGGGCGAGAAAGGGUGCUUCUUAGGAAGAGACUUUUGUAGUGCUUUUUUAAUGCUUAGAUGUAGAGAUGGUCUUGGCGUUUUUGAAAUCCAUAGAUUUAGGUGUCACCUAUGCCCAAAUAGCAAACUCAUGUUGUACUUCGACGGAAUUAGCUGGAUUACUUG